CCGGGCACUCCCGGCAGCGGCGCCGGUGGCGGCGGCGGCGGCCCCGGGGAGCGGGCGGGGGCCGGUGGCGGCCGGUGGCGGUGCCGCCAUGGAGGCGUGCGAGGGCGGCGAGCAGCCGCUGCUGCUGCUGCAGUGGGACCGCAAGCUGAGCGAGCUGUGCGAGCCCGCCGACCCCGACGCCCUGCUGGGACACACGCACUUCACAGAGUUCCUGGAUGAGUUCUCACCAGAUGUCCUAGGCCAGCUCUUGAACGAUCCCUUCUUGUCUGAGAAGAAUGAAGUGAUGGAGGUGGAGCUGUCUCCAGCAUCCCCGGCGCCCCUCAUCCAGGCAGAGCACAGCUAUUCCCUGUGUGGGGACUCCCGGCCCCAGUCUCCCCUCACCCACAUCUCGACUGAUGACAACUUCAACGAAGGUGACCUGGAAAAUGAGGAAUGGUGUCUGGGUACCGAGCUGACUCCAGCAGCAAUAAAGACUGAGCCAGCGUUGUGCGAGACGUCAGGCCUUACUCCCUCCGUCAGUCUCACUGUCACGGCCACCUCGCUGGAGGGGGAGCAAGCCGAGCUGCAGGCUGAUGCCCUGAUGAAACCACUGAGCCAGAAAGUGCUUCCAGAGAUUAAAUUGGAGCCCCAUGAAGUGGAUCAGUUUCUGAAUCUCUCCUCUAAGGAAGCAGUCGACCCCCUGCAUUUGCCUCCAACCCCUCCCAGCAGUCAUGGCAGUGACUCUGAAGGAGGUCAGAGCCCAGCUAGGUCGCUCCCUCCUUCAAGCCCGAUCCAGCUGCAAGCCACGGCUAAAGUCACAUCGCGCACAGGUUCAGCGCUUUCCAAUUCCCCUCUUCUGACUGCACCACAUAAAUUGCAGGGGACUGGCCCGCUCAUCCUGACAGAGGAGGAGAAGAGGACACUGAUAGCAGAGGGGUACCCAAUCCCUACUAAACUGCCCCUGACAAAGGCAGAGGAGAAAGUGCUGAAGAAAAUCCGCAGAAAAAUAAAGAACAAGAUCUCUGCCCAGGAAAGUAGAAGAAAAAAGAAAGAAUACAUGGACAGUCUGGAAAAAAAAGUUGAGAACUGUUCAAAUGAAAAUAGUGAGCUGCGUAAGAAGGUUGAAGUCCUGGAGAAUACUAACAGAACACUUCUGCAGCAGCUGCAGAGACUCCAAGCCAUAGUUGCUGGAAAGGUGUCCCGUUCAUGUAAGGCAGCUAGCACGCAGACAGGGACCUGUCUUAUGAUGGUGGUGCUGUGCUUUGCAGUAGUUUUUGGCAGCUUCUCUCAGAGCUAUGGGCCAUAUCCUUCUGCUACAAAGAUGGUGUUGCCCAGGCAACAUUCCUCACCAGAGUCCUACACAGACUCCAUUGUGAGAUCAAGGAGUCUGCUAAUAUAUGAAGAGCCUCACCAGCUGGAGGAGUCGUCAAGCCCGAUCUCCUUUGCAGAUCGAAACGACAGGCACGCAGACACCUCCAAGUACACGGCGCUAGCUCUGGAAGCUGUGCCAGGGAUGCAGCAGGAUGAUAUCAUGGAGUUCACAAUAGCCAACGAGACCAGGCUAGAGAAAUCAGUGCUGCUGGGCCUGCAGCAGCACAGAGUCAACUCUGAAAUAGAAGGAAAUGAAACACUGAAGAUAAUUGAAAUAGAUAGAAGAGUCAAUGCCACCUCUUAAAAAUAAAAAGGCCUUUUUUCUUGACUUCCCCCUUUCCCACAUAUUUGCAACCAAAGUCCCCCUGAUUUGUCAUCCUCAGUGAACCAAAGCACAAAAGAGAGGGAGUUCACCAAAUUCUGCAUUGACUGGUGAGGCUGUGACUGCAGAUGGGAUCUCUUGUCUUGUAACUCAUUUCCUUACUUCACACACAAUCCCUCUUUGCUUUUAUUUCUUUCCUGUCUGAUAUUGCAAAGGCAGGAUUGAAUUAUGAUCGCAGAAGAUACCAGCAGUGUGCUGAUGAUUGAUUUGUGUAUGUAUGUCUGUGCUUGCAUGUACACACCAUCAUCUGUGCACUAAGACAUUUGGUAAAAGAGUGGAAUAUGCAAAACCAAUGCGAGCAUGUGGGUGAUGGGAUCCUUGGGAGAAGGUAAUUGAGAGAAACAGGAGAGGCGGCACGAUGCUGUUCAGAAUCUAGCCACAGCUCCAUGCCUACUGGUCUGUAUUAUUUGAGCCUUUUGGGGAAGAUUGAGAAGCAUAAGCUUCAUCUUCUCUGAAGGCACAAGAAUGGGCCCCAGUUCUGUUUUGUGAACAGCAUAGGCAGGAGAGGGGUGGGCAAUGUUGGUGCUGAAUUGUCCUCCCUUACAUCUUUCACUCUUCUCCCCACCAACCCCUUUGUCACUUAGUGAAGUAGCUUUUUCUUUGGGUUGGAAGCAAUCCUGGUAGGCAUCUCUGCUGCUUCCACCCAUGUGGAGUUCAAGCAAAGAUCAGUCAUUGUCUUGUCACACUUUGUCUGUGUGGGAGAAUUAGACUAGUUUAACUAAAUCUAUUUAGAAAGCAGGUUUUGUUAACUUCAUGCAGUGUUUUGGGUGGAUGUUCUUUAGUCUGCUUAAGGCUAAUCUGUUUAGUUUGGAUCAAUUCCUUCCCAACAAACUUAAUCAAUAUAAGGCUUAAACCAGAAGUGCCUCCUGAGAGCACCGUAUGGAUUUUAUUUAUUGGCUUCUAGAUGCGUUGAUGGAAUUUCUCAUGUAGACCAGGUCUCAGAUUGUCCUGUGUUUUCUUUUUCUUGACAUCUUCCUGUUACUGUUGUAAAUAGUAUUUAUUAGCUUUGCAAGGUUUUGUUCAAGCAGUCACGGUGAAGAGAAUUAACCUUCCCUAACCCUGCACGUGGUCUGGGCAAGCUCUGAAACUGGACAUACAAAUAUCACUGAACACCCAUUCCCCCUAGAAUAAUGUCAUGGGUCUCCUCUUCUUAUGUCCUUUUCCAGAGAUGUGAUCUUAGACCAACCGCUUAGCCAAAACGAUGUGUACAGUUCAGGCCUGGAGGUGACUGCAUGGCAAGACAGUCCCUGACCUGAAGAGCUUAUUACGCAGGCAGCAGAUAAGGCAAAAGAGGGUUGAGAAAGGCACAUGGGGAGGUGAAGCGACUGGUCCAAGUCUAGUGGAAAAGCCAAGAGCCGUAUUCAGAUUUGAUCCUGGUCCAGUACACCUCUUUCUUCACUGUGUUUCCUUCUUGUCCCAUAUAGCUAUUGCCUUUAAGGGUUGUCCUUUUGGUACCCUGCUUAUGCCUUUGUCUGAGCUGUGCUUCUUGGAAUUUAUGGUUGGCAUGGCACAGCCAAAUCUAGCCCAGGAUUUGCGCUGGGUUUUAUCUGAUUGCUCAGAAGGGCACUCAGACUCCAUUGAGGGUGGAUUUAAUGGGGAAAUCCUAAUUCAGCAGGCUAGCAUAGUUACUUUAGGGUUUACCAGAAGUCAAUUAAAAAAAAAAAAAAAAAGACAA